UCGCUUGGAAGGGGAUGAGUACAAGGUAUAUAUAGUGCGUGCACUGCUGAUUGCAGCACAUCUCACACAACAACCCGCACAGAUCGAGCGCAACAUGAAGCUGUUCGUUAUCCUCGCCGCCGCCGCGGUGGUCGUCCUGGCCGAGCCGCCGGCGCCCAACCAGAACUACCUGCCACCAAGCCGCAACGCCCCGUCCGCCAGCUACGGUGCACCCUCGAACCAGUACGGAGCCCCCUCCAACCAGUACAGCACCCAGUACGACGCCCCUUCGAGCCAGUACGGCGCCCCGUCAGACUCGUACGGCGCCCCUAACUCGCAAAACUCGCGCAACGGAGGCGGCAGCAACAAUUUUGCCCCUCCCGCGUCCAGGGUGCACCUUCGUCUCUUCGGCAACUCGAAGUCCGGCGGCUCCAACGGCGGAAGCUAUUCUGACUCCAAGGCCAACCAGUACAGCAGCAGCAGCAGCAGGGCUUCCGCCCCCUCUGCCCAGUACGGAGCCCCUGCCGCCUCCAGCAACAACGCUUUCAGCAGCCGCGCGCAAUCAAACCAGCAGUACAGCGCCCCCUCUAGCCAGUACGGCGCCCCCUCCUUCUCCUCCUCCGGGGCCUCCCGCCCUUCCAGCCAGUACGGAGCCCCCGCCCAAAACUCCGGCUUCCGCGCCUCCGCCCCCAGCAACCAGUACAACGCCCCUGCCAGGACUCCUUCCGCGCAGUACGGUGCCCCCAACGCCUUUAGCACCCCUGCGUCCACCUACGGAGCCCCUUCGGUCGACCUCGGCCGCUCCGGCAACAACAAGCAGUCCAGCCCUUCGAACACCUACGGAGCCCCGUCCGGUGAUUUCGGCCAGCAGUCGACCUUCAAUUCUCGCCCCUCCUCCUCGUACGGUGCCCCCUCGGCCGACUUCGGCCGCGCCGGGAACAACAAGCAGGCCUCUUUCGGCGGUGCUCAGCAGUCCAGCUCGUUCGGAUCCGCCCCUUCCGCCACCUACGGAGCACCCUCCUCCUCCUACGGCGCCCCUUCGGCUGACUUCGGCCGCUCCGGCAGCAACAAGCAGUCAUCUUUCGGCUCCAGCCCUUCAACCUCCUACGGAGCCCCUUCCGUUGAGCUCGGCCGCUCCAACAAGCAGUCCACCUUCAACUCCCGCCCCUCCUCCUUCUCCUCCGCUCCUUCCUCCACCUACGGAGCCCCCUCCGGCAACAACAAGCAGUCCAACUCGUUCGGAAGCAGCCCUUCGGCCACCUACGGAGCCCCCGCCGGCUUCGAGAACCAGUACCCCAUCCCCGACCUGCGCGUUCCUUCGAUCAAUGAGCAGAACAGGAACGUUCCUUCCAACAAGUACGGCGCUCCUUCGGCCAACAACCAGCUGAGCUCGUCCGCCAAGGGCUCCUCCAACUACGUGGCCCCCGCCUCGUCGUACAACGCCCCCAGCGCCAGCUUCAACUCUGGCCCGGCCAACGACUUCACCCAGGCCAUCACCCCUUCGACCGAGUACGGCGCCCCCGCCCCGUUCGCCAACUUCGGAGCCCGCACCCCUAACUCCGGCUUCCGCGCCUCUGCCCCCUCCUCUCAGUACGGCGCCCCCAGCUCGAGCUUCCGCGCCGCCACCCCCUCCUCGACCUACGGCGCCCCCAGCUCCGCCCCCUCCUCUCAGUACGGCGCCCCUAGCUCAGGCUUCAACGCCGCCACCCCUUCCUCGACCUACGGCGCCCCUAGCUCUGGCUCCCGCGCCUCAGCCCCCUCCUCUCAGUACGGCGCCCCUAGCUCUAGCUUCAACGCCGCCACCCCCUCCUCGACCUACGGCGCCCCCAGCAGCUCCCCCAACUCCAGGUUCAACGCCCCCUCCUCCAGCUCGUUCGGAGGCAACAAGCAGUCGUCCUUCUCGUCGGCUCGCGCCCCCAGCAGCCAGUACGGCGCCCCCUCGAGCCAGUACGGCGCCCCCAUCAACCAGGGUGUGACCACGGAAGAUCCCCUUGCUGAGCCUGCCAACUACGAGUUCAAGUACGACGUGACAGACGCCGUCAGCGGCUCCGACUUUGGCGCCAAGGAGGGUCGCGACGGAGAAACCACCUGGGGAGAGUACCGCGUGCAGCUGCCCGACGGCCGCACCCAGAUCGUCAAGUACGAGGCCGACCAGAACGGCUACAGGCCCGAAAUCGAGUACCAGGACCCUCCUAACGGCUUCAACGGCAACAGCGCCGCCGGAAACGGAAACGACGCUCCCUACCCCCCAUCGAGACGCCAGGGCGGCUAUUAAGGAGCGAUAGUUGUAUUUAUUCUCAUGUUUGCUUGCCCCUGAUUAUUGUAAUGAAUGCUUGUACAUAGUUCAUUAUUAUCAAUCACAUUUUUGCUCUUUUGUUGUUGUGUAGAGAAUAUCCAACUGAUUUGUUAGCACGCGCUGACAAAAUAAAUCGAAACUGAAUCAAA